AUGCCUUCGAGAGAUUAUCAUCAACCAGAAGCCCCCAAUUCUCCUGCGGAUGACUCGGAUUCAGACCUCGACCUCGACAUCCAGGAGCUCGACCCGAUCACAACCUCGAGUCCAGCUGGGCCCUCAUCUUCCCGCAAGGAUCGCAAACCACAAGACGAGCGCAGAGUGCCGCAUAUACCGCUGAGGAAUUUACGCAUGAGCGGGUUGAGAGGGCUAGGCAAGCGGAAUAGAGGAUAUGGUGAUCUGGGGAAGGACAGGGAUGCGAACAAUGAAGACCUACAUGGAAUGUUGAACGAUGAACCAAGUCGACCUUCAGCAGGAAGCUUUGGGAGCGUAGAUGGGCAGGAAGACAGCGCGCCCCUCCUGGCAGCGAACGGCCAUCGCCGGCGGCCAAGUGUCGAAGCUUUCAAUAAAUUAGGAUCACACAUACGGCUUCCCAGCUUUCUCUCUGCGAACAGCAACCAGCCAGUGUCGAGCGAUGAUGAAACCCAAGAAGAAGAACAUGAUCCGGCAUCGUCACGUACAGUGUCAGUUGGCACAUUACAAUCCGCACGCUUCCCUCUAAAUGCUGUCUCGAAUGCGAAAUAUACCCCCAUCAGUUUCUUACCAGUCACUUUGUAUAACGAAUUCUCUUUCUUUUUUAACAUGUACUUUUUGCUCGUCGCACUUUCGCAAGCGAUUCCCCCUUUACGAAUAGGGUACAUUUCGACUUACAUUGUACCAUUGGUCUGUGUUUUAGCCAUUACGUUAGGGAAGGAAGCAUAUGAUGACAUUGAACGAAGGAGAAGGGACAACGAAGCGAACUCGGAAGGCUACACUGUGCUAUCAUUUGAUAGGCCGGGAGAAAGUGGUUCGGACAAAUUCAAUGCAAAGAAGAAGCUGAAAUCGAAAGCAAACGCCAAAUCGAAGCGACGGUCUUUGGUGGAGGCAGACAGGCUGUCGGACAUCCAAGAAGAAGAAGAAAGUGCAGAAGGCCAAGGACGAGCGAGACCCUCAACAGAAGUUCAUGAAAUCAUUAAGAAGUCUCGCAAUUUGAAAGUUGGCGACGUUCUAAAGUUGGGAAAGGACCAGCGUGUCCCGGCAGACGUUGUGAUAUUGAAGAGCUACAGCAAUGAAUCAGCGGUGGCGCCACACGAAGAAGAGCGGCCGGUGGUCUCAGAAUCACUGCUUGUCGAACCGAUAUCUGAUCCUCCUAUCGAACAGAGAUCUACAACCGUUGCUGAAGGUCACGAGUCGACUUCUGAACAAGGGAAUACACCUGCUGCUGAUGCCGCUGGUGUCGGAGAGACAUUCAUACGGACGGACCAAUUGGACGGCGAAACGGAUUGGAAGCUUCGUUUGGCAUCGCCUCUCACCCAAUCUCUAAAUCCAUCAGAAUUCGUACGUCUACGAGUGGUGGCUGGCAAACCCGACAAGAAGGUCAAUGAAUUUAUUGGCACUGUAGAACUACUACCCAGGAGUAAUGGGUAUGAUCCAAAUCUUCCAAAAUCAUCGCCCUUAAGCCGCGAAGUAACCCAGGACGAACCAUCAACCAAGCCCAAUUCGGCUUCGUUGAGCAUUGACAAUACCGCAUGGUGCAAUACCAUCCUCGCUUCAAAUGCCACGACUCUUGCUGUCAUUGUGUAUACGGGUCCUCAGACUCGGUCUGCACUUUCUACAUCUCCUUCUCGUUCUAAAACUGGCCUUCUGGAGUAUGAAAUUAACUCGCUCACCAAAAUUCUCUGCGCUCUUACCCUGACCUUGUCUGUGGUUCUGGUUGCACUUGAAAGUUUGAAAGGUGUCGAAGGGAUCAAGUGGUAUGUCAAGAUUAUGCGCUUCUUGGUCCUUUUCUCGACCAUUGUUCCAAUCAGUCUUCGAGUCAACCUGGAUAUGGGUAAGAGUGCAUACUCUUGGUUCAUUCAUCGAGAUCCUGGAAUCGCGGGAGCUGUUGUUAGGACCAGUACAAUUCCAGAGGAGCUUGGUCGAAUCGAAUACCUGCUCAGCGACAAGACUGGAACUUUGACACAAAAUGAGAUGGAGAUGAAGAAAAUCCAUGUGGGAACAGUCUCAUACGCCAAUGAAGCAAUGGAUGAAGUAGCUACGUACAUCAAGCAAGGCUUCUCCCUGCCAGCCUCUACAGAUUCAAGUCAAUCAGGGAUGCUUAUCACGCCAUCAUCGACCUUCACAGCACCCGCCACAACCACUGCUACUCGCACUCGCCGAGAAAUCGGAUCGCGUGUGCGUGAUGUCGUUCUGGCGUUGGCUGUUUGCCACAACGUGACGCCUACCACCGAAGAAGAGAAUGGACAAACUAUCACUUCCUACCAAGCAUCUUCGCCCGAUGAAAUUGCUAUCGUAAAAUGGACAGAAGCAGUUGGUUUGAAAUUGAUCCACCGCGAUCGCAAGGGUAUGACGCUACAAUCUACAGACACAGGUCUGCCGGUGGUGCGAGUCCGAAUUCUCGAAAUUUUCCCUUUUACUUCAGAUGGCAAACGGAUGGGUGUUGUCGUGCAAUUCUUGGAAAGCAUGGACGCUAAAGCCCCAACUGGUGUUGAAGCUGGUGAAAUAUGGUUUUACCAGAAGGGAGCCGACACAGUCAUGACCUCCAUCGUGGUAGCGAAUGAUUGGCUUGAUGAAGAGACUUCAAACAUGGCUCGUGAGGGACUACGAACGUUGGUUGUUGGUCGCAAACGAUUGUCUGUUCAGCAAUAUCAAGAGUUCGCUGCAAAUUUCAAGGAAGCCUCUGUCGCAAUCAAUGGACGAGAUGCUGGAAUGGCACGUGUCGUCAGCCAUUAUCUGGAACGUGAUCUUGAGUUACUUGGCGUUACUGGCGUGGAAGAUAAGCUUCAGCGAGAUGUCAAACCUUCACUCGAACUCCUCCGAAAUGCUGGCAUCAAGAUCUGGAUGUUGACUGGUGACAAAGUGGAGACUGCUCGUUGUGUCGCUGUGUCCGCCAAGCUUGUUGCCAGAGGACAAUAUAUCCAUACCAUCGCCAAGCUGAAACGGAAGGACAAUGCCCAAGAUCAUCUUGAUUUCCUUCGUGGCAAGAAAGACUCUGCUCUGCUCAUCGACGGCGAGUCGCUAGCUCUACUUCUAACUCACUUCCGAACCGAAUUCAUCAGCCUGGCGGUUCUCUUGCCUGCCGUCAUAGCCUGCCGGUGUUCACCCACACAAAAAGCAGACGUCGCUCUUCUCAUCCGCGAGUUCACCAAAAAGCGCGUCUGCUGUAUUGGCGAUGGAGGAAAUGAUGUGAGCAUGAUUCAGGCCGCAGAUGUCGGGGUCGGUAUCGUUGGCAAAGAAGGACGACAAGCUUCCCUAGCUGCCGAUUUCUCUAUCACGCAAUUCUGCCAUCUUACCAAGCUUCUCGUCUGGCAUGGAAGGAACAGCUAUAAACGCUCAGCCAAGCUUGCUCAAUUCGUCAUUCACAGAGGUCUGAUCAUCAGCGUCUGCCAGACAAUGUACAGCAUUGCCAUCAAGUUCGAGCCAGAGGGUCUGUACAAAGAUUGGCUAAUGGUCGGAUAUGCUACUGUCUACACUAUGGCUCCAGUCUUCUCCCUUGUCCUCGAUAAAGACGUCGAUGAGAAUCUCGCGAAUCUAUACCCGGAACUCUACAAAGAGUUGACCUCUGGCGCGGCUCUUUCAUACCGCACAUUCUUCGUCUGGGUUUUCGUCUCCAUUUACCAAGGUGGCAUGAUCCAAGGCUUGUCUCAAAUUCUCACUGAAGUCGAUGGUCCAAAAAUGGUCUCAGUCUCCUUCACAGUCCUAGUCCUGAACGAACUCUGCAUGGUGGCAUUCGAGGUUACGACUUGGCAUCCAGUAAUGAUCAUCAGCUUGGUUGGGACAUUCCUCCUGUAUGUAGGCAGCAUACCGUUCCUGGGCAGGUACUACGAUUUGGCGUUCAUCGUUACAUGGGGCUUCGUGUGGCGCGUUCUCGCCAUUGGCGCAAUUUCACUCAUUCCUCCUUACGCUGGUAAGUUGAUCAGACGGGCAGUGAAACCGCCGAAUUACAGAAAGGUGCAAGCGAUAUGA